AUGACGGUUGACAAACUCUUGCUAGAGUCCAACGAGCGACUUCAGACGCACCUCCGCGAAAAGAUGACGGUUGUUGAGGAGAAGAAUCAUCUGACUGCGGAGUUGGAUCGUGUGCGUCGACAGCUGGAAGUCAUCCAAUCCGAUCGUGAUCGUCUUCUCACAGACAUUGAACGUCUCAAACGCCAGGCUUCUCUCACCGAAUCUCUGGACCUCGGCGCCCUAAACACACUGAAGCGCUUCACAACCAAAUGUCGCAUUAACCUGCUUCCCGCUUCCUUCAACGCCGCAGUAGCUAACAGACCCGCAUCACAAUUUCUGUGGCAGUAUAAGUACGCCGAACCCCUUCAUGAUCCACUUCGUUGCGUUUAUUACUAG